AACCUCCUUAUCCUCGCGCUCAGGUCAGCCAGCCACCCUGUCAACAUCACUCUCUGGUUUCCGGGAUAGCCGGUGGUCUCAAUAAUUCGUUCGUUGUUCAUUGAUCCCGGUUGACCCCACAAAUUGAAGUAUAUCAGGAUGGCUCGACGCCGGGGUUCCAUGCCUGACAAUUGGGCAUUCGGUCUUUCAAGUCCAUAGCAACAAUUGAUCUCGUUCUCUCUCUGUGAUUCAACUCCUCAAAAUCAAUAUGACUUCCACAAGCGACCUAUCAGACCCCCAAGAGUACCAGAAGAUCUUCCACUGGGCAGAGACGCAAAAGGACGGCACUAUCCCGUCGUUCAAUACGCGGCGGAAUGAUCCUUACGAUUACCAAUCCGGGUUUGGCAACUCAUUCGUCUCAGAGGCUGUCCCUGGCACCAUUCCACAGGGUCAGAACAGUCCCCGCAAUGUCCGAUUCGGUCUGUAUGCGGAGCAGAUCACGGCCAGCGCCUUCAUCGCCCCCCGACACUGCAACAAGAAGGCCUGGCUGUAUCGUGCUCGACCGGCCGUGGCACACCAGGGAUUCACCAAUCUCCCCGACAACAAAGACACAGAGGCGAACUUCCUUCCUAUGAACCCCCGCGUCCACGUGUCGCCCACCCAACUGGCCUGGUUCCCCUUCGACAUUCCUAGCGGCGAGCAAGUGGACUUCGUCGACGGACUCAAGACUGUGGCCGGCUCGGGCGAGCCCACCCUCCGCGAAGGGCUGGCCACGCACGUCUACACGGCGAAUGCCAACAUGACCAAGAAGGCCUUUGUCAACUCCGACGGGGAGAUGGUGAUCCUGCCCCAGCAGGGGGCACUGGACAUCCAGACCGAGUUCGGGCCUUUGUUCGUGCAGCCCGGGGAGCUGGUGGUCAUCCAGCGGGGCAUCCGGUUCCGGGUGGAGUUGCCCGAUGGGCCGUCGCGGGGAUACAUCCUCGAGAUCUGGGGCAGUCAGUUCGAGCUGCCUGAACUGGGCCCGCUGGGUGCGAAUGGUCUGGCCAACGCGCGGGACUUCCUCGUGCCCACCGCCAAAUACGAAAUCGCGCAGGAACCGUGGGAGAUCGUGUACAAGCUCGGCGGGAAGUUCUUCAAGAGCACGCAGAACCACAGUCCGUUCGACGUCGUCGCCUGGCAUGGUAACUAUGUUCCAUACAAAUACGACCUGACCAAGUUCGUCAAUGUCGGCUCCAUCUCCGUCGACCACAUCGACCCUUCUAUCUUCUGUGUCCUGACGGCCAAAUCGCGCGACCUGACCGCUCCCUUGGCGGAUGUGCUUAUCUUCUCCCCGCGCUGGGAUGUCGCUUCACACACCUACCGCCCGCCGUACUACCACCGCAACGCCGCCUCGGAACUUAUGGGCCUCCUGUACGGCGACUACGGCGGCCGCUCCGACGCCUUCCAACCGGGCAGCGUCUCAUUCGAAUGCGGGAUGGUCCCCCACGGCGUCGCCUACGAGGAAUUCCAGUCCGCCACCGCUACCGCGCCCCCGGCGAUGCAGAUCUCCCAGGCCUCCAUGGCCUUCAUGUUCGAGUCGAGCCGCCCCUUCACGAUCACGGAGUACGCUUGGACGAGCGAAAAGCGGCACGAGCACGAGCCGAAGAUGUGGGAUGACCUGGUCGAUCAUUUCUCCGAGCAUACGGCGGAGGUCGAGGCGUUGUUGGCUGCUGCCGCCAAAGGGGGCAGAGUUUGAUUAUCCAUUACCUGAUUUGAGGGGGGGGGGGUGAUAGUCUUGAGGUAGAGGACUUGUAUAUAGUUAUUGGGUGG